AUGGCCUCCGCAACAGCAGCCGACAUCCAGGGUCCAUCUCACCCAAACCCGCAAGGCCUCAACACAUCGGCAAGCACACAAUUCCCGGCUGUGAACAUCGGCACGCGCAACUCGGUACUCGCCCAGAUUCAGGCCCGCGCAGUCGAGCGAAGCUUGAAGGAUGCGUACCCGGACCGAACCUUCAACAUCUGUCCUGUCGUGGUACAGGGGGACAGGGACAAGAUUACACCCUUGCAGCAACUGAGUCAAGGCGAGAAUGCGAAGAGUCUUUGGACGGGCGAAUUGGAGAGCAUGCUGGAGUCUGGCGAUCUGGAUAUCAUCGUUCACUGCUUGAAGGAUAUGCCCACACAGCUGCCAGACCACCUCGAGAUUGGUGCCAUACUCCAGCGUGAAGAUCCCCGCGAUGCCCUCUUGAUCUCCCCACGCCUGCCCAAGGAGACGACGUUAGCUACCCUUCCGCAAGGUGCCACCAUCGGUACGUCAUCGGUACGACGAGCUGCCACACUGAGGAAGCUAUACCCACACUUGAAGUUCGCCGACCUCAGAGGCAACGUCGGCACGAGACUAGCGAAGCUCGAUGCCGAAGACUCCCCGUACUCAGCUAUCAUCUUAGCGGCUGCUGGUUUGAAGCGAAUGGGUCUCGACAACAGGAUCACGCAGUAUCUGAGCAGUACGAGCGGAGGUAUGCUUCAUGCGGUCGGUCAGGGUGCCCUAGGAAUCGAGAUCAGGAAGAAGGACGCAGCGAUGAAAGACAUUCUGAGCAGUGUUCGAUGCGAGCGGACGACAAGAGCAUGCUCGGCUGAGCGAGCACUGCUACGCACUCUGGAAGGUGGCUGCAGCGUGCCUAUCGGCGUUGAGACAUCAUGGAGAGGUGGCAAGGGCCUCACUAUCGGUGCACAACCAGCAAAGGACUACGACAAGCACGGAAAUGCGGUCGAGGAGGAAGAGCCAGAUGUUGACGAUCAAGAACUGGUGUUGAGAGCCAUGGUGGUGAGCGUAGAUGGCACGGAGUCUGUUGAGUACGAGGCAGCCCGCAAAGUUCGAAGCUCAGAGGAGGCAGAAGAGAUGGGACAAGAGGUUGCCAAGGUCUUGAUCGAGAAGGGCGCCGACAAGAUCUUGAAAAAGAUCAACGUAGAGAAGCAGUGGGCGGCCAAGAAGCAACUCGAGGAGCUACAAGCCAAGGCGGCCAGCUCAUAG